GGGCAGUGGGGCUGCACGGGUGAUAGAGGUGCGGGGGUUUCCCUUUUCCCCGUGGAAGGGAAGAGAGAGCGGAGUUAAGCAGCAUCAGUUGCAGCCAAUUCUAAUUGCCAGGUCUUUAGCUUUUAAUGGAGUGGGAAGGGCAGAAGAGAAUAGUCACGUGGGUUUGGAGAAUUGGGGUUGGAUGAGGGUUCAACUGGAUUCGCUACCCAAAGGUUCUGUAGCUUGCUUCCUAUUCCCUUGUUUUUCCUGGUUAUGAUAAGAAGGAAAACGGGGGUGCUUGCUGGAGUGUGGAAGGAGUAAAAGACUUUUCUAGUUUUUACCAAUUAGCAAUGCAAAAAUGAGGAAACAGCCAUGCUAUGUUGGAGCCCUGUAUGCUAAUGUGGACGCUCUGGAAGUCCAAGAAGGGGAACAGAAAAUAUAGGAUGGCAUCUAGGUAGUACCGCUAAUUAAUGAACACUUCAGUUUCCAGACCGUUCUUUUGUUGUUUAAGUGCUGGGUACGGAGGGGUCAAUCAGUAUUCAUAAAUAGAAAACGUCCCCUAGUGAAAUGUAUAUGCAUGAGUGAGACUGCCUUAGUGGGUAUUUUGUUCUCACUGUGUGCAGGUGACGGUGAAGAUAGAAUUUGGAGGAUCAUUUUGGUCUGAUGAGUGAAGUGAUGGAAAGAAAAUGCCUUCUUAACCACUUUCCUCCUAGUUUUUAGUAGAUGAAAGUCAGUGUUAAUAUUGUAACAAAAUAGGUGGGUCGCAUAAGGAAUUGAGGUAGGUGAGAAGGUGUCACAGGAUAAUUGGUUUCCUACAGGUUGUUGAAUUUGGGACCUUUCUUGUCAUUCAGGCUGGAAUUUCUUGGAGUUGGUGUUUUGCAAAUUGGCUAGUAGAGAGUUAGGGGUACUUAGGGACCUUGUUGGGGUGAGUCCUCUUGUUUAGCCUGGAGUGGAUCACGUUAACUGAAAUGGCUUUGACCAUGUGGGUAUUUUUGCAACUGAGAUUGACUAACUCUUUGGGCCUUUGAGGUUUCAAAAUGAAGCUUGAAAAUUGACACCGCCACCCCACCCCCCCAUUUGUUUUUUUGUUUUGCUGCUGUCUUUGAACCUUGUGCUAGGAAGAGACCUGGGCAAUUACGUUUCUUGCAGAGGACUUUUGGGAUAGUACAAAGAAUGCAGAUACCAUCCCUGGCUGGGAUGAGAACUGGCUUGGAAGUAGAACCCUAAUAGAGAACGACCGGUCAAGAGGCAAUCCUGUAUAGUGGGGAUUGCGGCUGCUGAGCAGGGAUCCUGGAAAGCAUUGCACACCUGAGCCCCCCAGUAUGGCGGGCCCCAAGCGGCGGGCGAGCCAGGUGUGGCCUGAAGAGCAUGGUGAGCAGGAGCACGGGCUGUACAGCCUGCACCGUAUGUUCGACAUUGUGGGCACCCACCUGACACACAGAGAUGUGCGCGUUCUCUCCUUCCUCUUUGUUGAUGUCAUUGAUGACCACGAGCGUGGCCUCAUCCGGAACGGACGUGACUUCUUGUUGGCGCUGGAGCGCCAGGGCCGCUGUGACGAGAGUAACUUUCGCCAGGUGCUGCAGCUGCUGCGCAUCAUCACUCGCCAUGACCUGCUGCCCUACGUCACCCUCAAGAGGAGACGGGCUGUGUGCCCCGAUCUCGUAGACAAGUAUCUGGAGGAGACAUCAAUUCGCUAUGUGACUCCCAGAGCCCUCAGUGAUCCAGAACCGAGGCCUCCCCAACCCCCUAAAACAGUGCCUCCCCACUAUCCUGUGGUGUGCUGCCCCACUUCGGGCCCUCAGAUGUGCAACAAGCGGCCAGUUCGAGGGAGAGCCACACUUGGGAGCCAGCGAAAACGCCGGAAGUCAGUAACACCCGACCCCAAGGAAAAGCAGACAUGUGACAUCAGACUGCGAGUUCGGGCUGAAUACUGCCAGCACGAGACUGCUCUGCAGGGCAACGUCUUCUCUAACAAGCAGGACCCACUUGAGCGCCAGUUUGAGCGCUUUAACCAAGCCAACACCAUCCUCAAGUCCCGGGACCUGGGGUCCAUCAUCUGUGACAUCAAGUUCUCUGAGCUCACCUACCUCGACGCAUUCUGGCGCGACUACAUCAAUGGCUCAUUAUUAGAGGCCCUUAAAGGUGUCUUUAUCACAGACUCCCUCAAGCAGGCUGUGGGCCAUGAAGCCAUCAAGCUGCUGGUGAAUGUGGACGAGGAGGACUAUGAGUUGGGCCGACAGAAACUCCUGAGGAACUUGAUGCUGCAAGCAUUGCCCUGACCUUUUCCCCUUUCCACUUCUCUGGGGACUGUUCCUACCACCCACCUCUGGAGCUUACAUACUGUUCUAGGGUUUGUUCUCUACCCUUCCAACCAAUCACACCCCUGCCUUUUUUUUUUUUUUAAAGGAAAAGACGAAAAUGGAAGUGGCGUUCCCCACCCCUCCCUGCACCCACGUGCCUGGGCUUCCCCUUUGUUUCCCUUUUCCACUUACCCCCUGACGUAUGUCUCUGUAGCCACCUUGCCACUGAGCCGUAAGACAAUGUAUAGGGAGAAGCAAAGUCUAUGGAACAUAGUCUUUGUAAGGGACUGAAGUGAACACUGCUUUUGGGUGCAUUGAGGGGUUAUGAGUACUUCUGGCUUUAUGAGGGCUCUUAAAUUUUGUCUGAAAAACCAAAGGGCUGUGAGUAAGCUAUGUGGAAGGUGGGACCUGAAGUGUAUUUUGGAAAUGAAUCACCACCCUCUCCCAAAUUAUAGAAUUUUUAAAAAACAAA